UACUGCCGCGAGCACGAGCGGACGCGAGAACGAGGCUAAUUCGACGUCAUCAAAACGCGUUCUAUCCACCGAUGGGAGGCCAGGCAGCUUUUUUUUGUAGAGAAUAAAAAGCUGUAUUUUAAAUCUUUACAUUUUCCCGGAAAGCAUUAAUAGUUGAUUUUAGAUCUUGAAUGCUUUUAUGUGUAUUGGAAAGUAUACAGUCUACGUAACAAUAUAAAUAUGCCUAUCCAUGGCACUGUGUACAUUUAAAUAGCCGUGAACUAUUUUUAUUUCGUGUUUUCGUUGAUAUUACGUCCACUUUCACCGCGUGUUUUCAGUUGAUAAAAGUUAAUUUAAACAUUUCGGUUGCCUCAAAAUGUCCUGUUCAGCGUUCUGUUGUAAAAAUACACAAAGCAAGGACGCGAGUGUUCUGUUUUUUAGAUUUCCUUUAUGUGAUCCAGUCCGGCUGAAACAAUGGCUGACGAACAUGGGGAGAAAUAAAUGGAUCCCAUCUGCAUCGUCACAUCUGUGCAGUAUGCACUUUGAGGAGGAUCAGUUCUUGUCAGACAGAAAGGUCAACAAGAGGCUGAAGACCACCGCUGUGCCUACUAUUUUCAUCAAACUACCACAUUUUGCCACACAGACCAGGGCCACACAGACCAUGGCCACAAAGACCAAGGCCACGGCGACCAGGGCCACGCAGACCAGGGCCACAAAGAGCAGGUCGACACAGACCAUUGCCACACAGACCAUGGACUCACACAUCAUUUCCACACAGACCAUUGCCACACAGACCGAGUGGGUUAGUGUAAAAAUGGAGGAAAGUGAAAGUAUGGUUUCUAGUUUAGUCUCUUCUUGUUCUUCACCCAGUUAUCUUGCUGAGCUUCACAGGGGGUCUGGUCCGGUUGCACAUUUGUGUCCUGUGUUGGAUAGUGAGCCUGUUACCAGCAUUGACAUACAAGAUAGUGGUAGCAUUCCUUCUGCUGAUUAUAGCGACGUGAGCGUCGGACUUGGGGUGGAAAGGGGACUGAGUACCCAGGGCCCUCAUGUGAGGAGGGCCCCAAAACUUGCUAGAAUGAAUAGCUGUGGAUACGGUGAGGGGCCCAUAGACAAUGCCUUUCUACAGGGCCCAGAAUUUCAUGCUACGCCCCUGUAUAGCGACGUCAGUGUGAAACUAGAGCCUGCCGAGGAGUCCGAAGUCGUUGUGAAACUAGAGCCUGCUGAGGAGUCCGAAGUCGUUGUGAAACUAGAGCCUGCUGAGGAGUCCGAAGUCGUUGUGAAACUAGAGCCUGCUGAGGAGUCCGAAGUCGUUGUGAAACUAGAGCCUGCUGAGGAGACCGAAGUCAUUGUGAAGCAAGAGCCUGCCGAGGAGACCGAUUUCGUUGACAGUGUCCUUCCUGAUUACAUUUUUAAGCUUGUCAUCAAAGCUGAUGUUAAUGAGGCCGCCGCUGAGGACAAUGCUGACGUUGAUGAGGUCGCUGCUGAUGACAUAACCGAGUGUACCACAAGCGGAGAUUCAAAAACAGCUAUUCUUGAUCACGACUACUUGUCCAAAAAACAAAAGGAAAUCCGCAUGUGCUCCGAUCACACGUACGGGAUUUCGGAGUCUCCCGUAAUACUCAAACGUAGAGUGAAUGAACUAUGUGGUAAUCUUGUUGAAGAUCGUAAAAAGUUCCGGUUGAAGUGUCAGGAGAUGAGUAGAAUGAAAUCCAGACUGAUGUCCUUAAAAAGUCUGAAAAAGGGUCUUCAGAAGAAGUUGAAUUUGUUGCAGAAAAAGUUUAAUGCGUUGCAGAAAUGCAGACCUUACAGAGGUAUGGUGCAAAAUGUCCAGGAGCCAUUUUACCUCUGGGUUCCUUGUGUGUGAGAGAGUUUAGAUAGCUUACAGCUAGGGCUGGGCAAUAUGGAGAAAAUCAAUUAUCACGAUA